AUGCACAUGGAUUUGAGCGCACUCUCUGUAGACGUCGUGAGCAAUCCAGAACGCAGCAGUUUAGCGGUCUUUUCUGACGCUAGCUCCAUCGCUAUGUCGGCACGCGCUUAUAUCUUCGGUGCUGAGCAGUCCACAUUGGUUAUGGCGAAAUGCAAACUACCCUCCAUAAGAGGUAACCCUACUUUACCCAAAAUGGAAAUGAACGCAUUGGCGAUAGCAUUACGCCGAGCACUUUCAGUAUUCCAAGCGCUCAAAAAACGCAUUCCCCAGUGUUUGAAAAGCGCCUAUAUCUUCUCCGAUUCGCAAGUGGCGUUAAGCUGGUUAGCCUUAAAUCCAGCCGCAUCAAAUCUAGGAGUGCUCGUUAAUAACCGCUUGAAAGUAAUACGACGCAUUGUAGAAGCCUUCAACAGGGGAGGAGUUGGAAAGUGCAUUUUAAAUUUGAGCCGACAAAUCAGAAUCCAGCUGAUGCUGGUACUCGAGGGCUCACAAAAACGCAAUUGGACCAUGCUUUUUGGUGGGAGGGACCCAACUUUUUACACGACCCUAUAG